AUGUGGGUUUUCGUCGCGAAUAUCACCGAUGAGCUCAUCCUGGGACUGGACAUACUACGCGCCUACGAUGCUUCAGUGGAUAUAGGGCGCCAAACUCUUCGUCUGGCGGAAGAAGAAGUAUCGCUAUGGAGUCCUGGGGCAGGACCCCGUCCUUCUAACUUAGUAGUGGCAAAAGACCAUGUGAUACCCGCACGGAGCGAGGGAAUAGUGAUGGCUAAAAUGAAGAAUCGUCUGGGAGUAGAGAACGGUUUAGUAGAACCAAGCCCCCAGGCCCACCCUCCUGAAGGAAUUUACGUGGCCAGGACCCUAGUUCAGGACUGUCAAGAAGUACCAGUGAGGGUCAUGAAUGUUACCCAAAAGGACCAAAAGCUCAGGAGAGGAUCUCCUCUGGCGCACUGUGAGCCAGUAACACUCGUGGCUUUGCCCGAGAUGGGGCAGCCACCAGCACCAGGUCUAACACCGAAAUUAGCGGACGUGACCACAGCGGCCAAGCCACACCUAAGCCCCGGAGAAUUUCAGGAGUUAGAGGAUCUCGUGUCCGAGUACGCCGAUAUCUUCGCACAAGACAACGAAGAUUAUGGAAGGACAAACAGGGUAUAUCACCGCAUAGACACGGGAGAAGCCCGGCCAAUUCGACAGCCACCGAGGAGACAACAUAUAACAAUGACAGUGGAAGACUACAUGAUGACACUUCAUCAGUAUGGCACAGUUCGUAUUGUUAUGCCUGGACAGCCUGGCAAGCUGUCCAAAUCAUGUGCACAAUAA